UCGUUUCCUCGACAUAUCUCUCUCUCUAUGGGCGGGGGCGCGAGCAAGGGCGGCGAGGGCAAGUCGCCGCAGGCCAAGGUGGCCCCCAAGAUGACGGGCCGCGGCGUGCCGGCGCCGCUUGUCGCUGCCAACACGCAGUGGAAGAUGGUGCCCCAACCCAAUAUCAACCGCAUGAAGAGCGCGGGUCGUCUCUCGAUCGCCGACGACGAGCUCACGCAAAUGCUGCACGAUCCCGUCGGCCAAAAGCACAUUGGGAAUUACGCGAAAAAGAUUCUGACAAGCGAGACGUUCUACUGCUGGGUCGAGUGCAUGGAGUUCAUCGAGGCGCCGUCCAGCGGGUACCAGCGGUCGGUCGCCAAGCACAUUUAUAAAAAGUACAUCAAGCAUGGCGCGGCCAUGGCGCUCGGUGGCCUCGCAUCCGACAUGGUCGCGCAGUACGACGAACUGAUCAAAGUCAUUGACGCGGACCCGAGCCAAAUCACAAAGGACUUUUUCGCACCAAUCCAGAAAAUGUGCUUUGACGACAUGUGCAAGAACACGUACCAUCGCUUCAAGAGCUCGCCCGAGUACGACCUGUACAAGCUCGAGCUCAAGGACACGUACAAUAAAGUGACGGUCGACGACUUCGACUACCUCGAGCUGCUCGGCUCGGGUGGCUUUGGCCGUGUCGUGCACGCCCGGAAAAAGUCCACCGGCAAGCAUUACGCGAUGAAGAUUCAGCUCAAGAACGGGCUCCUCCACGAACACCAAGACCAGCUCGACCAAAUCACGUCCGAGAAGGACAUUCUCCAAAUGUGCAACCACCCGUACAUCCUCGACAUGCACUACAGUUUCCAGACCAGUGCCCACGCCAUCAUUGUGACCGAGCUCGUGCGCGGUGGCGACCUCAACGAACUCAUGAAGGGGUCGAAGCGAGGGUACCUCCCCGAAGGCCGCGUGCGCCUCUACGCGGCGGAAAUCGCGCUCGCACUCAACCAUUUGCACGAACUCGGCUUGAUUUACCGCGAUCUCAAGCCGUGCAACGUGCUUCUGGGCGAAGAUGGACACAUUGUCCUUGCCGACAUGGGGCUUGCGACAGGCCUCGAGGAAAUCCGGGACAAGAAGCACCGCGACGACGCAGACCGCGAGGCCGCCAAAGCCACGGGCGGUGCGGGCUUGAGCCGCGUCGAGUCGCACGUGACGCUGCCAGAAGACGACCAUAAUCCGCACGGCGUUGUGCAGCUCUCGGGGCAGACGCAAACCGUGCCCAAGUCGUUUGCGCGGCCGCCGGACGCCAAGAACACGCGCCGAAAGACCACGGUCGGGACGAAGGGCUACAUGGCGCCCGAGCUCAUCUCUGGGAAGCUCCUUCGGCGGGAGGAGCGGCCAGGGUACAAUUUCACCAUCGACUAUUGGUCGCUCGGCGUGACCAUCUACGAGCUCAUUUGCGGCUACCAGCCGUUCAACCUCUACAACGUCCUGGGCGACGGGUUCCUUGCCGAAAUCGCCCAAGAAGUCGAAGUCGCCAAGCUCAGCCCCCGCUCGCAGUACCGCGCCGAGCUCGAGCGCAUGGCGGCCGGCGUCGACUACCCCGACCAGGUCUCGGCCAAUGCGCGGGACUUUAUCAACCGGCUCCUUGAAGUCAACGCGGUGAAUCGCAUGGGGUGCACGUCCCGCGGCUUCCUCGAUAUCAUGGAGCACCCGUUCUUCCACGGCUUGGACUGGGAGCGUCUCAUGGUCAAGCACGUGCAACCCGAGUUUACGCCCAACGUCAAGCCGCUUACGGACCGUAAGACGUACUCGAACUUUUGGAACAUGAUGGCGCACUUUGACGCGCGCGACAAGCAUUUCAUUCGACACGACUGGUACCAAGACCCGCCCCCCGAGAAGCAAAAGGCGUUCGAGAAGUGGGACUUUAUCUCGCCCCAUACGCUCAAGGCCGAGCUCGGUAUCGCGGCCGAAAUGGACGAAAGCAACCGGCCGUACAAGAUUCUCCAGCUCACGGGCGAGACGUCCGGGUGA